AUGAAGAUUUCUUGCUGUUAAAGCCAUAUAAUUGUAAAGGUUCCAGCUGUACUGGGACAUUGUAACAUCAAGUCAUCCACAGGUAUGAGUUCUGCUUAACAUGGCCCUGUUCUACUAGGCCUGCCAUGACUGCAUUUUUUACCAGUGUUCCUACUUGGAUUCAAGAUGCAAAGCAGGAGGAGGAGGAGAUGGGCUGGAAAUUAGUCUCCAGGCAAAGGGGUCGAGAGGCUGAAAGUCAAGGGAAAUGCCAGUGUGAAAUUUCUGGGACCUCCUUUACCAACGUGGACAAGCUGAGAAGUCACACGUUUGCUCAUACGGAGCAGAGACCUUACAACUGUCCUCAGCUGCACUGUGGGAAGGCCUUUGCAUCCAAGUACAAACUCUAUAGGCACAUGGCCACACACUCUGCUCAGAAGCCUCACCAGUGUAUGUACUGUGAGAAAAUGUUCCACCGGAAGGACCAUCUCCGUAAUCACCUGCAGACGCAUGACCCCAACAAGGAAGCUCUUCACUGCCCUGAGUGUGGCAAGAACUACAACACCAAACUAGGCUUCAGGCGACAUUUGGCUAUGCAUGCAGCUGCCAGUGGUGAUCUGAGCUGCAAAGUGUGCUUGCAGACAUUUGAGAGCACUCAGGUUCUCCUGGAACACCUCAAGGCUCAUUCCAGGAGGGUGUCUGGUGGAGCGAAGGAAAAGAAGCACCCUUGCGAUCACUGUGACAGACGUUUCUACACACGUAAAGAUGUGCGGAGACACCUGGUGGUGCACACAGGGCGGAAGGACUUCCUGUGCCAGUAUUGUGCGCAGAGGUUUGGGCGGAAGGACCAUCUGACCAGGCACAUGAAGAAGAGCCACUCCCAAGAACUGCUGAAGAUCAAGACAGAGCCAGUUGACAUGUUGGGUCUCCUAAGCUGCAGCUCCGCUGUAACAGUGAAAGAAGAGUUGAGUCCAGUUUUAUGUAUGGCAUCCAGAGACAUGAUGAGUGGUAAGAGCUUUCCUGGCAUGCUACCUAUGGGCAUGUACAGUACACACCUCCAAGCUAUGCCAAGCUCAGGGAUGCCCCAUUCUUUGGUCCCCACCUCUCUUCCAAUGGGAAUGAGUUAUCCUCUGGAAUCUUCUCCUAUCUCCUCCCCACCACAACCUCCUCCGAAGUACCAGCUUGGAUCUACCUCAUAUUUACCUGAGAAACUACCCAAAGCAGAGGUGGAGAGCUUUCUGUCAGAGCUGCCUGGCAGUCUCUCUCUCUCAUCUGGUGAGCCUCAGUCGUCCUCGCCUCAGUCAGUAACUCUGGAUGAGACUCUGCUUUCCAAGAGCCCUGCUAAUCUUUCAGAGGCUCUCUGUGCUGCUAACAUGGACUUUUCUCAUCUUCUGGGCUUCCUCCCCCUGAAUCUUCCUCCAUGUAGUCCACCUGUGUCAUCAGGAGGGCUGGUCAUGGGCUACUCACAAGGGGAAAACCAGCCAUUGCUCACCACUUUGCAACCUCAACCUCAAGAAUCUCCUGGAUCUGGAGGCUCCCUGAACUUUGGUCCUCUUCAUUCAUUACCCCCGGUCUUCACCUCGAGCUUGAGCACGACCACCCUGCCACGUUUCCACCAGGCAUUCCAAUAAGAUGACUGUGGCAGUGGCGAGCAGAUCGUCCCCUCGUCCUUGCUUGGAGAGCCUUGAAAAUGCACAACUCUGAUACUUCCCCACUGGGAUGUGAAAGCUUUUGAAAGCUUGUUUCAGACGGGAUGAUUCUGGUGUCUGGAGGGAGCACUUGUAGACUGGAAGAGCAGCUAUCCCUGUGCAUGUCCCAGUCCUGUUUUGUGAAAAGGUUUCAGCUGUCUUUUUUUUUAAAAAAUUUUUAAUCUGUGAAUCGGGAGCCACACUUAGCACUGACCUUCCCUGAGGCUUUGGAGCCUUGUUCCUUUUUGGGAAGGGGAUUGAAUCCAAGGAGCUGGGACUGUUUUAGCUUGGGCAUACUUGGACUAACCUUUUGAAGAGUCCAACUUCCAUUUUAUUUAAACACAUUGCAGUUCUGAUAUUAAAGCUAGUACCUGCCGGUGAAUCUGGAGGAGGGGCAAGUU